AACACCUGAUGCGCAUGCGCACUGGUGUGUCGUGACCUGGCGCGCCCCCUCCGAAGCGCAUGCUCGUGGACUCGCACGUGCACGAGCCUCAAGACCCAAGGUGCGCGCGUCGGCGUCCCGGGUGGUUGGUGUCCGAGAAUUGGUUAAGCGGGACUCAAGGCAAUUAUUUCCAGUCAGAGAAGGAAACCAGUGCCUGGCAUUCUCACCAUCUUUCUACCUACCAUGAUCAAGUGCUUGUCAGUUGAAGUACAAGCCAAAUUGCGUUCUGGUUUGGCCAUAAGCUCCUUGGGCCAAUGUGUUGAGGAACUUGCCCUCAACAGUAUUGAUGCUGAAGCAAAAUGUGUGGCUGUCAGGGUGAAUAUGGAAACCUUCCAAGUUCAAGUGAUAGACAAUGGAUUUGGGAUGGGGAGUGAUGAUGUAGAGAAAGUGGGAAAUCGUUAUUUCACCAGUAAAUGCCACUCGGUACAGGACUUGGAGAAUCCAAGGUUUUAUGGUUUCCGAGGAGAGGCCUUGGCAAAUAUUGCUGACAUGGCCAGCGCUGUGGAAAUUUCAUCCAAGAAAAACAGGACAAUGAAAACUUUUGUGAAACUGUUUCAGAGUGGAAAAGCCCUGAAAGCUUGUGAAGCUGAUGUGACUAGACCAAGCGCUGGGACCACUGUAACAGUGUAUAACCUAUUUUAUCAGCUACCUGUAAGGAGGAAAUGCAUGGACCCUAGACUGGAGUUUGAGAAGGUUAGGCAGAGGAUAGAAGCUCUCUCACUUAUGCACCCCUCCAUCUCUUUCUCUUUGAGAAAUGAUGUUUCUGGUUCCAUGGUUCUUCAGCUCCCUAAAACCAAAGACGUAUGUUCCCGAUUUUGUCAAAUUUAUGGAUUGGGAAAGUCCCAAAAGCUGAGAGAAAUAAGUUUUAAAUAUAAACAGUUUGAGCUUAGUGGCUAUAUCAGCUCUGAAGCACAUUACAAUAAGAAUAUGCAGUUUUUGUUUGUGAACAAAAGACUAGUUUUAAGGACAAAGCUACAUAAACUCGUUGACUUUUUAUUAAGGAAAGAAAGUAUUAUAUGCAAGCCAAAGAACGGUUCCACCAGUAGGCAAAUGAAUUCAAGUCUUCGGCACCGGUCUACCCCAGAACUCUAUGGCAUAUAUGUAAUUAAUGUGCAGUGCCAAUUCUGUGAGUAUGAUGUGUGCAUGGAGCCAGCCAAAACUCUGAUUGAGUUUCAGAACUGGGACACUCUCUUGUUUUGCAUUCAGGAAGGAGUGAAAAUGUUUUUAAAGCAAGAAAAAUUAUUUGUGGAAUUAUCAGGUGAGGAUAUUAAGGAAUUUAGUGAAGAUAAUGGUUUUAAUUUAUUUGAUGCUACUCUUCAGAAGCGUGUGACUUCCGAUGAGAGGAGUAACCAGGGCAGUUUCCAGGAAGCAUGUAAUAAUAUUUUAGAUUCCUAUGAGAUGUUUAAUUUGCAAUCAAAAGCUGUGAAAAGAAAAGCUACUGCAGAAGACAUAAGCACACAGAAUUCUAGGGAUUUAGAAGCUAUCAGAAAAAAUACAAAUGAUGCAUUUUUAUACAUUUAUGAAUCAGGUGGUCCAGGCCAUAGCAAAAUGACAGAGCCAUCUUUACAAAACAAAGACAGCUCUUGCUCAGAAUCAAAGAUGUUAGGACAAGAGACAAUUGUAGCAUCAGAAGCAGGAGAAAAUGAGAAACAUAAAAAAUCUUGCCUGGAACAUAGCUCUUUAGAAAACCCAUGUGGAACCAGUUCAGAAAUGUUUUUAAGCCCUUUUCAGACACCAUGUCACUUUGAAAAGAGUGGGGAGGAUCUAGAAAUAUGGAAAGAAAGUACUACUGUUAAUGACAUGGCUGCCAACAUCAUGAAAAAUAAUAGAAUUCAGAAUCAACCAGAGAGAUUUAAAGAUGCUACUGAAGUGGGAUGCCAGCCUCUGCCUUUUGCGACAACAUUAUUGGGAGUACACAGUGCUCAGACAGAGAGGGAGAAAAAAAAAGUGCCUAGCAAUUGUGGAAGAAGAAAUGUUUUUAGUUACGGACGAGUUAAAUUAUGUUCCACUGGCUUUAUAACUCAUAUAGUACAAAAUGAGAAAACUAAAUCAACUGAAACAGAACAUGCAUUUAAAAAUUAUGUUAGACCUGGUCCCACACGUGCCCAAGAAACAUUUGGAAAUAGAACAUGUCAUUCAGCUGAAACUCUAGACCUCAAAGAUUUAGCCGGCACUUUGAGUAAAGAAUCUGGUCAAUUGCCCAACAAAAAAAUUUGCAGAACAAAUGUAAGUUGUGGGCUAGAGAAUGAACCUACAGCAACUUAUGCAAAGUUUUCUACUUUUCAGGAAGAUAGCAAAAAAUCACAAACAGGUUGCAUAUUAUCUGAUAUAUCCCCCGCUUUCCCCUGGUAUAGACACGUUUCAAAUGAUAUCAAGAAAACAGAUAAAUUAAUUGUUUCCUCCAAACCAAUCGUCCGUAAGAAGCUAAGCUUGAGUUCACAGCUAGGAUCUUUAGAGAAGUUUAAGAGGCAAUAUGGGAGGGUUGAAAAUCCUCUGGAUACAGAAGUAGAGGAAAGUAACGGAGUCACUACCAAUCUCAGUCCUCAAGUUGAACCUGACAUUCUGCUGAAGAACAAGAACCGCUUAGACAACUCUGAUGUUUGUAAAAUCACUACUAUGAAGCAUAGUGAUUCAGAUAGUAGUUGCCAACCAGCAAGCCACAUCCUUGACUCAGAGAAGUUUCCAUUCUCCAAGGAUGAAGAUUGUUUAGAACAACAGAUGCCUAGUUUGAGAGAAAGCCCCAUGACCCUGAAGGAGUUAUCUCUCUUUAAUAGAAAACCUUUGGACUUUGAGAAGUCAUCUGAAUCACUAGCCUCUAAAUUAUCCAAACGGAAGGGUUCUGAAAGAGAAACUCAAGCAAUGGAGAUGAUGAGUCAUUUUAAUGAACUUCCAAAUUCAGAUUCCAGUAGGAAAGAGAGCAAGUUGUGCAGUGUGUUAACACAAGAUUUUUGUAUGUUAUUUAAAAAUGAACAUGAAAAAACAGAGAAUGGUGUCAUCCCAACAUCAGAUUCUGCCACACAGGAUAAUUCCUUUAAUAAAAAUAGUAAAACACAUUCUAACAGCAAUACAACAGAGAACUGUGUGAUAUCAGAAACUCCUUUGGUAUUGCCCUAUGAUAAUUCUAAAGUUACCAGUAAAUAUUCAGAUGUUCUUAUCAGAGCUUCAGAACAACACACAGGAAGUCCGGACUCUCCCAGUGGAAUGUUAAUGAAUCUGGUAGAAGAUGCCACAGGUGACCAAAAUGGAAUUUGUUUUCAAAGUGAGGAAUCUAAAGCAAGAGCCUGUUCUGAAACGGAAGAGUCAAACACAUGUCGCUCGAAUUGGCAGCAGCAUUUCGAUGUAGCCCUGGGGAGAAUGGUUUAUGUCAACAGAAUGACUGGACUCAGCACAUUCAUUGCCCCAACUGAGGACAUUCAGGCUGCUUGUACUAAAGACCUGACAACUGUGGCUGUGGAUGUCAUACUUGAGAAUGGGUCUCAGUACAGGUGUCAUCCUUUUAGAAGCGACCUUGUUCUUCCUUUCCUUCCGGGAGCUCGAGCAGAGAGGACUGUGAUGAGACAGGAUAACAGAGAUACUGUGGAUGAUACCGUUAGUAGCGAAUCGCUUCAGUCUUUGUUCUCAGAAUGGGACAAUCCAGUAUUUGCCCGUUAUCCAGAGGUUGCUGUUGAUGUAAGCAGUGGCCAGGCUGAGAGCUUAGCAGUUAAAAUUCACAACAUCUUGUAUCCCUAUCGUUUCACCAAAGAAAUGAUUCAUUCAAUGCAGGUUCUCCAGCAAGUGGAUAGCAAGUUUAUUGCCUGUUUGAUGAGCACUAAGACUGAAGAGAAUGGCGAGGCAGGUGGAAACCUGCUCGUGCUGGUGGAUCAGCAUGCUGCCCAUGAGCGUAUCCGUCUGGAGCAGCUUAUCAUUGAUUCCUAUGAGAAGCAACAGGCACAAGGCUCUGGUCGGAAAAAAUUACUGUCUUCUACUCUAAUUCCUCCACUAGAGAUAACAGUGACAGAGGAACAAAGGAGACUCUUAUGGUGUUACCACAAAAAUCUGGAAGAUCUGGGCCUUGAACUUGUAUUUCCAGACACUAGUGAUUCUCUGGUACUUGUGGGAAAAGUACCACUCUGUUUUGUGGAAAGAGAAGCCAAUGAACUUCGGAGAGGAAGAUCUACUGUGACCAAGAGUAUCGUGGAGGAAUUUAUCCGAGAACAAGUGGAGCUACUCCAGACCACAGGAGGCAUCCAAGGGACAUUGCCACUGACUGUCCAGAAGGUGUUGGCAUCCCAAGCCUGCCAUGGGGCCAUUAAGUUUAAUGAUGGCCUGAGCUUACAGGAAAGUUGCCGCCUUAUUGAAACUCUGUCCUCGUGCCAGCUACCAUUCCAGUGUGCUCACGGGAGACCUUCUAUGCUGCCAUUAGCUGACAUAGACCACUUGGAGCAGGAAAAACAGAUUAAACCCAAUCUCGCUAAACUUCGCAAAAUGGCCCAGGCCUGGCGUCUCUUUGGAAAAGCAGAGUGUGAUACAACGCAGAGCCUACAGCAAUCCAUGCCUCCCUGUGAGCCACCAUGAGAACAGAAUCACUGGUCUAAAAGGAACAAAGGGAUUUUCACUGUAUGCCUCUGAGCAGAGAGCAGCAGCAGCAGGUACCAGCACGGCCCUGACUGAAUCAGCCCAGUGUCCCUGAGCAGCUUAGACAACAGGGCUCUUUGUAUCAGUCUUUCUUAAGCAGAUGAUUCCUCUAGUUGAGAAGCCAGAUGGAAUUCAACCCUAAAGACAGUUCAUUCAUUUGCAUCCAUGGACACAGAAGGUUGCCAUAUAGUAUCUACCUUUUGCUACUUAUUUAAUGAUAAAAUUUAAUGACCGUUUGAUUGGUUGCUUGGUUAUUUGAAGGGUGUAAUUUUUGUUUCCGUACAGUUUUUUUUCAAGCUUCACAUUUGUGUGUAUCUAAUUCAGCUGAUGCUCAAAUCCAAGGGGUAGUCUGCCUUCCCAGGCUGCCCCCAGGGUUUCUCCACUGGUCCCUUCUUUUCCCUUCAGUCUUCUUCACUUCCCUGUGCUGCUGCUUCAUGUGCUGCAUCUCAGACUUAAAGAGUUUCUCUACUUUCAGUGAAAACAUUCUCUAGGGUCUUUCAUCAGGCCUUUAGUUAUUUUAGGGAUAAAAACUGUUGAUAAAAAGGACAAGGAUAGAACAGAGAAAAUUUAAAGUCCUGUCCCGGGUUUUUUGUUUUGUUUUCUUUAAAAAUUUAGAGACUGAUAUUCAAUAUCCCAAACCAGUAAAAUGGUGAAAAUACUAUGAGCUUGUUUUUUAAAAUAUGAUUUUUUUUGGUACUUCAUAAAGUAUCUCUUUAUGUGACAGCAAUUGUCACAUCAAAACACAGCAUAUCUGUGUUCAACCUAACCAAAUAUGUUUACACUUUCUCUUUCAGGAGACAAGGGUUCUUUGGGUCCCUUUCAAACAGUAUCUUGGUGUUAUUACAUUAUGCCUAUCUAUUGCCCUUAUAAUUUCACUUGGGACCAGGACUGAUCAUUCUGCAAAUGCUUGUUAUGCCAUUCUCAAUCUAUUUUUCCCAUACCUUUUCACAUGAUUUGUGGUUAGUAGGACUCAAUAGACUAAAAUUGCAUAGUAGAAAAAAAAUACAAAAUGCCAGCUGGUAAUGUUUAUUGCAACUGGGGUGUUAUACAAUUAGUAAGAUGAUGCAAUGAGAAUUUCUACUUUUGUAUUUCCUGUCCAGCCUGCUCAAAGUGGCUUUUAUAUCAAUGGAAUGAUUUUCCUCAUUUUUUAAUACAGGAAACCAAUUCGUGCUCAUGGAAGAAAAGUUCCUUUGCCAGCAGCCUUGAAGUGAAUCUUACAGGAGCAAUGAAAGUAUUGCAUUCAUUAGCAUCUGCCCCAGAGAAGGUUCAGGGAAAACCUUCACUUGUUUUCAAGGGGAUCCUUGUAGAUUUACGUAAUUGGAACCCUGAAGAACAGGCCCUACUGUCUAAAAAUGGCUUUUAUUCUUCUAAAUACAUAUAAACGGGUGUUUUAUAGAUGGGAAAACAUGACCUUAGAAAGGAGGGAGUUUUCAGAGGAUUUGCAGGCUGUCAGGGGCUCUGUCUCCAGGCCUAGUGUGGCAGCGUGGCCUCAGGGCCUCCGCCUCCCUGCUUAAGGGCUGCACAGAGGCCAACUGUCCUGGGAGCUAUAAAAAUCUUUUCAGGUCAGACCAAUUUGAGAGAUUUUAAAAAGUGUCUCAAUGCCUCUUAUGAUUUCAGAAGGUUUUGCUAUAUGUAAUCCCGACUACAAUUUUCUUGAGAGUAGCAGAGGAUUAGAAAAAGUCCUCCAUAAAUUAUGUAAUUGGCCUUCCUGGCUAGCCUGACUCAAGCAAUGUCAGAGAUAAUUAUUCUAUUUUCAUAAUUUAUAAGUGUGGGGGCAGGCCUCAGCAUUCAAACAAUUAGAAUUUUGUUUUUUCUCUGUUAGAGAAAAACAUCUAAUAGAUUACCUUUAUCGCCUAUUAAGGUUUUAUGUUGUUUUUAACUCAGAUGCCAUAAGAACAAAGAUACAUGUAAUUUAUCAUAGUAAUCAUUAAUACCUAUAUUGUGCUUUAAGGUUUACAAAAUAUUUUUUCUCAUACUUUAUCUUAUUUUAAUUUCUUGACAGUCCGUGAGGUAAGGUGGUAGCUUCAUCACCAUUUUACAAAGUGGGAAACGAAGGUGGAGAACCAUCCUCUUAGGAACCUCGUUGUCCCCCUUUGUAUAAUAAAACUUCGAAGCUCAGAGCUGUUAACUGGUUUGCUGAAGGCUUAGCUGUGAGAGCCAGAAUUCAGACCCAGGUCUGAGGGACUUCAGACUGCACACUCCUUCCCAUUAUUACCCAUAUGCUGUCCCUUAUAUUUUUAAUUUAUUAGGAAUUCAUUCAUUUAUAAACUUGGUGAUUCACCUUCAUACAAUUCUGGUCACUGAAGGCUUUAGUAACUUCAGAGUAAAACUUGAGAGAUGAGAUGUGAAAUGCAGCCAUUCUUGAGAGUUCCUUUUUCUGUAACAUUCAUCAACACUUCAUUGAGAAGUGAAGGUUCCUAUGGUUCCUAUGGCUGUCUCUACCUUCAAGAGGCUUAGCUUUAGUCACUGAGAAAGACAAGAAAACUAACGAUAGAAUAUAGUAGCUUCCUCUGGCGUUAGGUAUUACAGAGUCACAGCUAGUGACAGCUAGCCUUUUAUUAUUGAAAGAAGAGGAGCUAACAGUCCCACUGUCAGAAUUAAGACUAGAGAUGGCAAUAGAAGCUAGUAUUGGAAAAGCUUAAGGCAAAACAUAAAGUGUAGGCUAGAAUGAAGCUGGAGAAUGGGGAGGGGUCUUGGGUAACAUCCAGAAUCUGGCUGGGGACCUGGAACUACAUGAGAUGUAAGAAUGGAGGGGUUCUAGCAGUAGUCAGAGGUCAGGUACAAAUGAACAGCUGGGAUCUGGGCAUGGCAGACAGUGAAAAAACCCAGGCAAGCAAAACGGUCAGAGCAGGAGGGGGCCCAAGGCCACAUUCUUGAGAUGUGGAGGGGCUGAGGAAGCCAUGCCAAGUUGAGAGCAGAUGCAGCUCAGCAGUUCCUAGCGAGCUCUGACAAGCCAGCUCAGCUGAAGCUUCGGGUGGGAGCCAGUCAUGGCACAGUGGAGUGAAGGAAGAGCAGUUUCAGGCACCCAGAACCUGACCCCCACGACUUGUUUUCCCCCUGAAGAGCCACCCAUUCCAUCCAAACCCUUUGCAAAAGUCUGCUAACAGAGAGAACCAGCCAGUAUGCUGGCUACUCGCAAUCAUGCCUGUCUUUACCCUCUCAGCUGAAGCUGCACGUCAACGGUGAGAUGGCAAAAAGGUGGGUCCAGAAGAGGGGAAAAGAAGGAAGUCUGCGAAAACAAAAUGCUGAAGAAUCUGCACCAAAUAAACCCUUCCUUCCUUCUUCCUUC